AUGGCUACCGACAGGGGUCUCGAAAUUUCAUCAGCCUUCCCGUACGAGAAGAACAAGGUUGAGGUUCUUGGUAGCCAUAUGGCCUAUGUCGAAGUUGGCACUUCUUCUUCCGGAUCUGUUGCCGUUUUCUUGCAUGGCAACCCAACAUCGUCAUAUCUAUGGCGUAACAUCUUUCCACAUGUGGCCAAAGACAGCCGCUGCAUUGUCCCCGAUCUCAUCGGCUUCGGCGAUUCAGACAAAGUUGCUGGCCUGGAGUAUAGGGUUUUCGACCACCAGCGCUAUAUCGAUGCGUUUCUAGAUACUGUCCUGCCAACGGAGCGCAUCACUUUCGUUAUUCACGACUGGGGGUCUGCCCUUGGCUUGGACUGGGCCAGUCGUCAUGAGGAUCGCGUCGCCGGCAUCGUGGUGAUGGAGUGGAUUGCGGCGUUGAAUAACUGGAACACUCGAGAUCCCACGUUCAUAGACCUCUUCACCAAGUUUCGUACCCCAGAGGUCGGACGCACAAUGAUCAUUGACGAGAACUUCUUUGUGGAAAAGCUUCUGCCCAUGGGGGUCAUUCGAGGGCUGACGGAGGAGGAAAUGGCUCAUUACCGCCGACCAUUCCAGACGCCUGCAGAUCGUGAGCCAACAUGGAGAUUCCCCAACGAGAUUCCCAUCGGAGGAACUCCAAUGGAAGUGGCAGAAAAGGUCAAUAAUUAUACGGCCUGGUUUGUUGCGACGGAGAUACCGAAACUGUUCUUCUGGGUGAAGCCUGGGACAUUUAUUAGGGAGCAAGACUUUGAGAGGUUGAGUGGCCAGAUGAAGAAUGUCAAGACCAUCUUUCUUGGAGCAGGGAGCCAUUUCGUGCAGGAAGAUUAUCCUCACAGCGUUGGGCAAGAGAUUGCGGAAUGGAAGGCAGAGUCAAAACUUUGA